GGGGAGUACUGUGGCCCCUCUGUUAAACGUGCCAGAGUGGCCUUUGAUCAGGUGAAAUCCGUGGCGUUGAGUGCGGCGAGGACGGAGGAAAUCGGGGCGGGGGCGAGGUUCGCAGCUGCACUCUGCAGGAGUGAGGACUGCCUGUGAAGAAAACGAGGUAUUUCCCUGAGGCCUAAUAUCCUGCCUGCCUCUAUUGUUUUUUCUUGAAGUAUUUAUAAAUCAGCAUGUCUGCACAGCCAGUGGAAGAAGAUUCGAUACUUAUCAUCCCAACUCCAGAUGAAGAGGAAAAGAUUCUGAGAGUGAAGUUGGAGGAGGAUCCUGAUGGCGAAGAGGGAUCAAGUAUUCCCUGGAACCAUCUCCCUGACCCAGAGGUUUUCCGACAGCGAUUCAGGCAGUUUGGAUACCAGGAUUCACCUGGGCCCCGGGAGGCUGUGAGCCAGCUUCGAGAACUUUGCCGUCUGUGGCUCAGGCCAGAGACACACACAAAAGAGCAAAUCUUGGAGCUAGUAGUGCUGGAGCAGUUCGUUGCCAUUCUCCCCAAGGAGCUGCAGACUUGGGUUCGAGAGCAUAAUCCAGAAAAUGGAGAGGAGGCGGUGACGGUGCUGGAGGAUUUAGAGAGUGAACUAGAUGACCCUGGACAGCCGGUUUCUCUCCGUCGACGAAAACGGGAAGUGCUGGUAGAGGAGAUUGUCUCUCAAGAAGAAGCUCAGGGAUUACCAAAUUCUGAGCUUGAUGCCGUGGAAAACCAGCUGAAGUGGGCGUCCUGGGAGCUCCAUUCCCUAAGGCACUGUGAUGAUGAUGCUAGGACUGAAAAUGGAGCAUUAGCUCCAAAGCAGGAGAUUCCUUCAGCAGUAGAAUCUCAUGAAGUUCCUGGCAGUCUCAAUAUAGGUGUUCCUCAGAUUUUUAAAUAUGGAGAAGCCUGUUUCCCUAAGGGCAGGUUUGAAAGAAAGAGAAAUCCUUCUAGGAAGAAACAACAUAUAUGUGAUGAAUGUGGAAAACACUUCAGUCAGGGCUCAGCCCUUAUUCUUCAUCAAAGAAUCCACAGCGGAGAGAAACCCUACGGAUGCGUUGAAUGCGGGAAGGCGUUCAGCAGAAGCUCCAUCCUUGUGCAGCACCAGAGGGUCCAUACUGGAGAAAAACCUUACAAAUGUCUCGAAUGUGGAAAAGCCUUUAGCCAGAAUUCUGGGCUUAUUAAUCAUCAGAGAAUCCAUACUGGGGAGAAACCUUACGAAUGUGUUCAGUGUGGGAAAUCCUAUAGUCAAAGCUCAAAUCUUUUUAGACAUCAGCGAAGACACAAUGCAGAAAAACUUCUGAAUGUUGUGAAAGUCUAAGGAAUUUUGAAAAAUGUCAGCACUCAGGUCUUUUUCUUCAGAAAUGAAGACAAAAUCAAAAACAUGGAAUGAUACAUAGUAGUUUGGUUUCCCUAUAAGAAUGUUAGAAAAUCCACUGGGAAAUGUAGAAAAUUGUCACCCACCAUCAUAAUUUCAUCUUGAAAGAAAUGGUGUCAUACCUGCCUAGAAACUGAAAUUUUAACCUUAAUUCAGGUGUUAAUGCCUAAAUCUUCCAUGUGAUGUUUAUAUUCUGUUUUUUCCAAAUAAUCUCUAUUCUUUGUCCCCCUUCUUAAAAUUUUCUUUUGUAGGCAAAUACAUGAGUUCUGUGUUGAUCAUUGCGAUGUCCUUUGCAAGGAUAUAUUCCCUUCUACACUAAAAGUCAACAUGGCAGUUAUGAAGUCUGAAAACUGAAGCCAUCUUUUCAAACUUUUCUGUUUCUUUUGUACCCAAUUUGGAUAUGCAUUUCAGAAAAUAGAAGAUAAAAGAUGGCUAAAAGCCUCAAGGUAAAAUUAGAAGUGCUGGUGAUAAAACAUCAAAAAGUGAAUGGGACACCUAGAUUGGGAAAGAUAGAGAAAUACUUGGAUCCAAGAAUUGAAGUACAUUAAGAGUUUAUCUAAAUGCAAUUAUCAGCCUGUAAGAAAACUCAAAAAGGGCGCACCCUGUCUGUAAUGUGGAGACAUCCCACCAAUGAAAGUAACAUCCUCCCGUGGUUCAUCAGAAGGUGGGUCGAGUAAACAAUACUCGUAAACUAGGAAUGUAGAAAUGACACUAGGGCGAAUUCGCAGUGAAUGGCUGUGUUGAAGGGCAAAUGUAAAAGGGUAAUGGUCUGUCUGGGACUUGAAGAUCCAAUUCAUUAUCAUUUUGCCUUCAUUUUUGUUAAGGACAGGAAAAUCUCUGACCAGGUGGGUAACAAGUAUCAGGUUUGCUACUUUAUUUUUUUGGUGAAAGAAAAGGGUUGAACACCAAGCUAACAAAGCAGCCAUGUGUUCAUUUGUUACUAAACAUUUUCUACCGACGAGGCACUGUGCUAGGUACUGUAACCCUGCCGUGAGUAGGUAGGUAAUUCUUUCACUGUAAGUUCCUGGGGAUUGGUACAAAGCUGUUGCUCAUGAGUUAGCCUCUUGCCCACGUCUGAGCAGUCCUGGGGGAGGUCACCUCUGAAAUUCUCAGAGCCAUGCUUCUCUCACCAGGGUGUCACAUUUGGGGGGAAGGAAGACUCAGAGAGCUAGCCAUCUCUCCAGCAUUCUUCAGUAGUGAGUCCAAAAUUCUAUCACAGUUUAGAGGUUUGUGCAUUUAAAAAAACUAAUCAAUCUAGAGAUCUAGCAUUAAGGGUGUACUUAACAUGUUAAGUUGAAAGGAUUGUUUUGUUUUAAAAAAACAAUUAGGUUAUUGACAACUAGUAUAUUAACUCUCAGAAUUGAUUGAAGUAUUUUUUUAAUUUUAAGUCUUAACACAUUUUUAAAAAUGUAUAGAAGGAGUACAUUGUAGUGGUAGGAUUAUAUACUCCUUGGCCGAGAAUCCCAAGUACUGUGGUUCUGCUAUUUAGUGGAAAACUCUAGAAGUUAAAAUACAGAAUCUGAGAAAAGGCGUUUUUAUAGUGGGCAUCGUUGUGUGGAAAAUGACCCAUGUGAAUACAGAUAUUUCACAGUUCCGGAGAUUUGGGUUAUAGCUGGUGCUUGGAUCGAAUUUUAAAAAUGGAAGGUGAAGUUUGCACGAGCCUGUGCAAAAGCGUUGUGGUAAAUGCAAGGCCCGCUGGUGGGGAGGUGAGGCAGGUGGAGCUUGUUUAUAGGUUUUCUGAUAACAAUUAUAAGAAAUGUGCUUUAUAGAUUAAGAUUUAUUGAAGUAUAAAUAUGUAGAAUUGAUAUAAUGUAUUUUAAGUUAUACAAGAAAUGUAGGGACUUCUGUUGGGGUCUGUUUUCUCUGUGGCUGAGAGGAAACAAGUCAGUGUCCAGUAACGGUGUGGACUCCUCUGCUCUGAGAUAAAAUGAUCUUGAGUUUAUCGAAUGAUUUAUUUAUAACUGACUUCUUUCCAAGUAGGCUUUGAGGUGGCAUAUUUGGAAUUCUGCCAGGGUGACAGGAUUCUUCUAUCAGAGUAGGUAAGAAGGGAUCAAGCUCUCAGUGACUGAAAUUUCGUGCUUGCUUAGAUUUUAUGUCUUUCCUGAAUACAAAGAAGCUUCCAUGUGGUAGAUUUGUCUUAAAUGCCAAAGAUGUUUGGUAUAAUGUGAGAGCUUAGAAAAAGUCGUAUUAGAGUUGGCAGAUAUGUGUUUGUCUUGCCAGCUCUGAUACCGGGGGGUUGUUUGGGAAGGAUUCUGAGGCUAAGGCAAGGCUUUGUGGGGGAAAUGGCUGGAUCCAAAGGACUGGCUGAUCGUGCGCAGGAAAAGGAAGUGAUCUGUGUACUGGCUGGCUCUGAUUAGGUUAUGUCCCCAGUAGACAAAUUGAUUUAAAGUAACUCUUCAGUGACUUAUGAUUUCAUCUCUACCUUUAUGUGUACCCACACAGCUAACUAGCAGUUCUGGGGGCUGCCCAGCCUCAGAUGAAGUGGUGAUCUGGCAGUUGUCAAGCAGUGGCGUCUGUGUGGUUGGCAAAUGAGCACGCAGUGUUAAUGGCAUGCAGACUGCUGAUACCUACCCAGUAGCCACUGAGCUUUUUGCUCAUUACUGCUAAAGUUUUUUCUGGUGUUCUUGGCGUUUAAGCUUCCUAUACUUAACACCCAGUUGGCACUUGAUCAUUUAGCAGUACGUCUAGCAAUUUAUGUAAGUUGAAGGGAGGGUUAUAUGUAUUGAAAUAAUCUGCAUGCCAGGCAUUGGACUAGAGACUGUACCUAUCUCUCUUAGAUUUGUAGACUUAGAAAAGCAGGGUUCAGAGACUGUGAGACUUGCAUGUGGCCAAGUAGAGCUAAAAUUCAAGUCUAGUUCUGUGAACUCCACGGACGUAUAUUUUUCCACAAUGCCAUGAGUGGUGGCUGUUAAACCUUGAUUUUAGGUUUUACCUUUUAUGGUUCAGAUGCUUUUAUCUUUUAUAGUUAACAAUGUGAAAACUAUUAAAUAUGCUUGUUUAAAUUUUCUAUAGUACAGAAUGUAAAGUGAAAAAAAAGACAUUCCUUCUCAUAGUCUUACUCAGAAAUAAUAAUUACUUGGUUUGUUAUUCUUCCAGGACUAGGCAUAUACAAAUUUAAUUGACAAUGUGUUAAUAGCUGACACUUGUGGUUUCUAUAAAGGCACUGUUUGAAGUGCUCUAGCAUGGAUUAACUCAAUCCUCACAGCACUCAUACGAGGUAGGUACAUAAUGCCCAUUUUACAUACACGCACUGCGAUUUGCCUCCUCUCCUUCCCAAUUUGGUAAGACCUUGUUUUUCAUGGCUACAUACACUGUUUCAUUGCAUGAAUAUACUCUAAUUCAUUUAACUGACCCCUGGAUAUUUUGGUUCUUUAUAGUUUUUUAUUAUAGAUAAAGAUAUAGUUAACAUCCUUGUACAUCUAUUUUGCUGCCUGUGUGGGUACUUCUGUAGGAUAAAUAGAAGUGAAUUUUUGGGGUCUUAUUGUGUACAUUCAGCAUUUUAAGAAUUGCCACCCAAAAGAUCGUAGUAGUUUACAACUCCAUCAACAGCAAGAGUGCCUAUUGGCCUACAUGCCCACCAAUCCUGUAUCCUCAAAUAUUUUUGCCUAUCUGAUAGGCAAAAUUUAUUUCCUUUUUAUUAUUAAUAAGGAGGAACAUUUCUUCUUUGUUUAUUGGCCAUUUGCAUUUCCUGUUGUGAAUAGUGUUUGCCCAUUUUAAUUUUUUUAAUUAUGAGGAUAUAAAUGACUACCAGCUCAUUGUACAAAAUGUAAAUGAUACACACAGGUAUAAGGACAAAGAGACCCUUUUCUGUAGCAUUUCCAAUCACAUUCCACUGUCCGCAGGUUAGUGUACAUUCCUCUAGUCCCCUUUCCAUACAUAUCCGUGUGAAUACACAUAAACACAUAAAAGCUAUUUUUACAUGAAUAGGAUCAUAUAUGUAUUGUUCUGCAGCUUACUUUGUGUGUGUGUCUCAAAAACUUAUCCUGAGGAUUUUAAAUUUCUUUAAUGGUUGAAUAGAAUUCACUAUUAUGAAAAUACCGUUACUGGACUGUUUUCUUAUUUUUUUUCUCUUGCUAUUACAUUGCCAAAGUAAAUCUUUUUCAUAUAUAUUUGUGCAUGUGUGUGAAUAUUUCUUUAGGAUGGAGUUGUGUAGGGUGGAUUGUUGCAUCAAAGGUGUGCUCUCAGAUAGACCCACCUUAGCCUUCCCAUAGGCCUUCAUAACUUUAUAUUUUACCAACUGUAUGGAAAAGCUCAUUUCCCCAUAUAGCCUUACUUACUCGUGAUACUUCUAUCGGAUGAGAAAAAAAAAAGAACUCUUAAUUGCAUUCCCUGAUUAAUGGUGAGUUUGAGGUUAUUUUUAUGUGUAUUGGCCAUUUAUAGUUUCACCAUAGGUGGUUCAUAUCCUUUUCCUGCUUUCCUAUUGGGUUACGUGCGGAUAUAUGUUUUCGUUUGUUCAGCAUCUCUCCCCAUCUUGUGGUAACAGAACCCUUAUUUAUUGUGGGGAACCCAUUCCCUGUGGCUUAGGUGAGUACCCGACCAGGUCUGGCCUUCCUGAGUUCUGCAGCUCCCUAGCCACAGUGAUGAAAGAAUAGGGAUGUUACUCAAACCAGGCUACAGAGAGCCCUCAACAGAACUUCUGUGGAAAUGAUCAGAAAGAAGGCUCUACGGAGAUCCCACGAACUAAGGACUUGUGUAAGCCUGAAUUUGUACCAUGUGGAGUUUGAGGAGAAACUCAAAGAGAACUGAGUUCUGGUAUCAUUUUUCUGGAGGCCCUAGUCCAGCUGUGCCUAAAGCCUGCCCUACCUCCGGACUUUAACAUUUUGUGAGCCAAUAAAGUCCCUUUCUUGUUUAAAAUAA